AUGUCUAAUGAAACCAAAGAUCUUAACAACUAUCACUAUACUUCAUCAUAUAACCAUUACAACAACCAAAAUAUUACUCAUCUCCCUUACGUUUCUGGUCCAUCUACUUAUAAUGCAAACAUGAUCUCACCACAAAACGGUUCUAAUCUACACUUGAGUCCUCAAGGAGCGUACGAUUUGGGUUUCGAGCUCUCUCCAUCUUCCGAGUUUUUUAGUUCUUCGAUCGAUCAAGAAAACGGUUUUUACGAUGCUAUUAAUUAUAAUAGUAGCCACAAGAGUCCUGAUGUUGUCGGUGCAACCGGUAAGAGUGAAAUUAGGGUUUCUGCUUCUCCUUCUUCUAGUGAGGCCGAUCAUCAUCCCGGUGAAGAUUCCGGCAAGAUCCGGAGGAAAAGAGAAGCUGGCGACGGAGGAGAAGAUGAGCAACGUUCUCAGAAAGUAGUUAAAACAAAGAAGAAAGAGGAUAAGAAGCAAAAGGAGCCACGAGUCUCGUUCAUGACUAAGACCGAAGUUGAUCAUCUCGAAGACGGCUAUCGUUGGAGAAAGUAUGGCCAAAAAGCAGUCAAAAACAGUCCUUAUCCUAGGAGUUACUAUAGAUGCACGACGCAAAAGUGCAACGUGAAGAAGAGAGUUGAAAGAUCUUACCAAGAUCCAACGGUCGUGAUCACAACUUACGAAAGUCAACACAACCAUCCGAUUCCGACCAGUCGCCGCACGGCAAUGUUCACCGGAUCCGUCGCAUCAGAUUACAACUCAUCGUCGUUAUCUCCAAUUUCCGAUUUCAUCAUCAAUACUCCAAGAAGCUUCUCACAUGAUGAUCUCUUCCGUGUACCGUACGCUAGUGUGAAUGUAAACCCUAACUAUCAUCAUCAACAACAAAACCAAGACUUUCACCAUGAGAGUGAGUAUGAGCUUUUGAAGGAGAUGUUUCCUUCAGUUUUCUUCAAGCAUGAGCCUUGA